AUAUUUAACAGCAGCGCACAGGCUGGAGCGGAGGAUUUCUCCGGGCUGCCUGGGCGCUGGCAGCGCUGCCGCCCGCCCGGGCGCACUGCGGAGGGGGACGGGGCGUCCUGGGGGACCGCUGCUCGCUGCUGCCCCUCCCCAAUACCGCCAUGGGUGCCCAGGGGCUGGGGAUAACUUUUUUGACUUUGCCUCUCGUCGUGCGAGCAGCCGCGGGAGGACAGUGGUGUUAUGACUCGCAGGAUCCCCAGUGUGGGCCCAGCCACUGGAAGGAGCUGAAAGCCACCUGUGGUGGCAACAAGCAGUCCCCUGUCAACAUCGACAGACGCCGGCUGCAUCGGGACAGUGGCCUCGGGGACAUCCUCUUCGAGGGCUAUGACCAGGCCCCCCCGGGCAAGUGGAGACUGACAAAUGAUGGGCACACAGUGAUGCUGAGCCUGGCAAGUGAGUUGGCCUCCGAGCACAUCACCAUCAGCGGCGGGGGCCUCCCUGGCAGGUACCGUGCUUUGCAGCUCCACUUCCACUGGGGAAGCCUGGCUGGGAAUGGCUCUGAGCACACCAUCGAUGGGCACCAGCUCCCUAUGGAGCUGCACAUUGUCCACAUCAAUGUCAAGUACCGGACGCUGGCAGAGGCCAAGGGACAUCCCAACGGGCUGGCCGUCCUUGGCUUCUUCUUCCAGGUCUCUGAAACCCCCAACACCAACUACAACACCAUAGUGGCAGGGCUGAGGAACAUCUCCCGUGCUGGGGACUCUGUGGAUUUGGCCUCUACCUUCCGCCUGAGCACUCUGCUGCCACACACCAACCAGCUCUCUGGGUACUAUCGCUACCAGGGCUCCCUCACCACCCCUGACUGCAGUGAAGUUGUCAUCUGGACCAUCUUCGAGGAGCCAGUGGAGAUUGGCCAGGAGCAGCUGCAGGCGUUUGUCACCACCCUCCACUUCCCAGCCAUGGGCCCCACGCUCCUAAAAAUGACCAACAACUUCCGCCCGCCGCAGCCCCUCCACACCCGCAAGGUCUUCUCCUCCAGAGCAGCCACGGCCAGCGCUGGGUCACCCUGUGGGGGACGCUGCCAGCUACCCUCCCCUCUGCUCCUGAUGGUCCUGCUCAGCUCCUUCUCACCCACCCUGUAGGGUCUUUCACUGGUCUCUGCAAGAGCAUCCCUCUGCUGCAAUGGUGAUGGGGCUGCAACACAUCUGGUUCAUGGGUAAAUGGGGAAAAAAUAAUAAGAACAAAAAAAGCAUGUCGAGACCUUGGCUGGGUGUAGAUUUUGCAAACCUGAAUCUCUGCAGAGGGGAAUCCCUGCAAUCCCAGAGGCUCACUGCAAUGCCCUGGUAGCCAGGCAGUGGGAAGCCAGCUGGAGGGGAUUCUGGAAGGGCUGGAAUAAAGCCAAGGUCCUCAC